AUGGUUCAAAAAUUUUUAUUUUAAAAUGAAGUAUUUUUUUAUUAUGAUAGAAAUACUUUUGAAGUUUGGAAUCCUGAGAAUUCAUCUGAAAUUAAAUGCACCUUAAAGUGUAGCUACGAGCCUUAUAUUUUAAAAAUAGAUGAAAUACAAAAUUAUAUAGCUGUUUUAAUUGAAUCCAGAGAGCAAGGAUAGGAAUUAUUGAUACUAAAAAUUAAUUUUACAGACAGCUAUUUGAAAAUCGUAUCAAAAAUUCCAGUUUUACAAAGAGUUUUUGACAUUAAAUUCUCAAAAAACAACACUAUUUUACUGAUCAACAUUGAUAAGGUUUGUAUCUACAAUUAUAUUAUUAAAAAGUUUUUCAGAGAUUCAGAAGAGAAUUUCUUUUAAAAUUGUAAAAUGUUAACUUUUUAGAAUGAUUCACACUAAUAUCUAAAUGUAAUCAUGAAAAAAAAUGAGUAGCUUAUUAGAAUUUUUUCAGUAAAUCCUCAGAGAAAUGAUGAAAAUUACUUUAUCUAACUUUUUGUUAGCUCGAGUUUCUUCGAUAAAAUAGAAAAGCAUACUUUCAUAUGCAACAAUACGAAAAACAGCUCCCUUCUCAUUUACAAAUAUAUGGCAGAAGAGAGAAAGCUAACAAUUAUUGGAAAUUAUUAAUUAUUUUAAAUGAAUAAUAUUAAAUAUCUACCUGAAUACAAAGUUCUACUUAAUAUUGAAAUGAGAUAGUAAAAUAUUGUAAUUAAUUUAGUUGAUGUUAAGAAAAUGAAAGAAUUUUUCUUUUAAGAAUUAGGAUUUUAAAUAAGAGUUGAUGAAAGUAAAUAAAAUGAAAAAUAUAUUGUUAAAAUGAAUUCUUUGCAUUUUUUAGAAAAUCCUGUCUUACAAGAAAAUUUUACAGAUUUAUUUACUAUUAAAAUUGCAAAAAAAUACAAGUUUGGCUAUAUUACUUAGCAGAAUUCAAAGUUUCACUUUAAGUAUUUAAAUGUUCUCAAUCAUGAAAAUACUCCAUUUGAUUUAGAAAUUUUAUUAUUCAGUAAUUAAUCCUAGUUAUAAUUACCAACUGAAUAAUAGCAUGCAAAUCAGCUAAAAAAAAAUUUAAUGAGAACAGUAAAAAAAAUGUGA